AUGGAAGAAGAAGUCACCUUUCAAGUGAACGAGUCCGUUAUUAUCGAGGACAAAGGUUUAUUCUACGAAGGAAGAAUAUUGGACGUGAAGAACGGAAAAUAUUAUGUUCACUUUAGCGGAUGGCCAAAAAGGUAUGAUAAAUGGGUUGAGUUCGAUGAUCUCAACAAACAAAAUGAAAUGAAUCGGGCAUUGAUGAAAAUGAACAACAAAUCCAAUAAAGACAAGGAAAACAAACCUUAUUUCAAAACAAGUCUACUGAGUGAGUUGAACAUGGUGAGUGAGAUAAAACAAAAAUACAAAUUCCCAUUUUUACUAAAACAACGUCUGGUGGAAGAAUGGUACAUUGUGAAAAACCGGAAACUCUUUAUUCCUCUUCCUCGAUCUCCUAAUAUAAAACAAAUUCUUCAAUUGUGGGAAUCAGAAUGUAAAAGCGAGUCUUCAGUCGCUCAUCAAAGUGCAAUCGAAUUAAUUGAAGGUUUAAUGUAUUAUAUGAAGAACUGCAUGGACAAAUCGAUAAUCUAUCACGAAGAAGAAAGUCAAUUUUGUCAAGUGAAUGAUAUAAAGAAUGUGAACUAUGUUGAAAUGUAUGGAGCUGAACACUUGCUUCGCGCAGUGUAUAUGCUUCCAAUAUUGUACAGUUCUGCGGAUAUUUCUGAGAAAGAAAGCGAACAGAUCCAUGAGGUGGUUUUCAGUCUCUAUCAGUUUUUACUGAGGCAUCCUCAGUAUUUCUGCAGCUUCGAUGAGUACACGUCUCUGGAAGAGAGUAUCAAGAAUUUGGUUUGA